ACAUUUUUAAUUGCUUUUAAAUAUUAUGUUGAAGUGCUGUGAAUUCGGCUGUGAAUUAAAUUCAAAAUACUAACAAAGCAAUACCGUUAUUUACUGCAAUUUGAAUGGCGCUUACCCUCAACUACACGCCCGUUAAGAAUUGUUAUGACAGCAGUGAAUUUAAAUGUAUGAAUUCUGCGAUUUUAUUUAAAAAUUUUCAAAUCAGUUAUCAAAAUAUCCAAAUGCAUGAACAUGGCCACCCGACGGAUAGUGAGAAAAAAAUACAAAAAGUGCAAACCCGCGCGGAAGAAACGAAAGGUCUUCCAACACCAAUAGAUAACGCAACAGUGUCAUCAGUGGCUCAGAAUUCGAAAUUAGAUACGAGAAGACGUCGUAGAUCCAGUACCACUAGCACCAGUAGCAGCGACACUAGCAGUACUUCGGAUAGUUCGAGUGAUGAUGACACCGAUAGCGACAGUUGGAAGAGUGGAGCUAGUUAUACAAAUAGUAAACUUAGUGCACAUAGUUAUAGUAAACAAAAGGCCUUACGUGGCAGUCAUGUCGCCAACAUGCCCACCGGUGGGCUACAAGAAACCCGCGCCAAGUCAAAAUCGCCAUUGCCUUUAACAGAAAAGGCCGACGGUGAAGUUGAAAAAUCGAUUGCAAGUGCUAAUGAAACGAGCGGGAACGUUGAAAGUGAAAGAUUGCCGUCGAACGCAGAUGAGGGCGAUAGUGAUGCAUCCAGUGAUAGUGUCAAAUCGCGGCCGGCUUCGCCAGUGGUUAAAGUGCCGUUGGAUCCACAUGCGUGGAGUACUGAUGACAUAGCAAAAUGGGUGAAAUGGUUAACGAAACAGUUUAAAAUCGAUCCAGAACCAGAUAUUUCACGUUUUCCCACCACUGGUGCUGAGUUGUGUGAACUAAGUAGAGCAGAAUUUUGGGUUUGUGCCGGUUCGCGACAGGGGGGCAUACUUUUGGCAAAACAUUUUGCCUUGACCCUGUACAGUGCGACCGGACGUGAGACAAGUCCAAUGCUAAAUGAAGAUGAGCCAAAUCCGUAUCAGCUAUUAAAUGCCGCAUCCCAUCGAUUGGUUGCGCAGGGCUCGGGACAAAUUCAGUUAUGGCAAUUUCUACUUGAACUGCUCGCCGAUUCGUCUAAUGCCAGUUGCAUAACAUGGGAGGGCACCAAUGGUGAAUUCAAACUCAUCGACCCCGAUGAAGUUGCUAAGCGUUGGGGCGAACGAAAGGCAAAACCAAAUAUGAAUUACGACAAACUCAGCAGAGCUUUAAGAUAUUACUACGAUAAAAACAUAAUGACUAAAGUGCACGGGAAACGUUAUGCCUACAAAUUUGACUUUCACGGCUUGAUGGCGGCAUGCCAAGCGCAGGCACAGGGUUGUGAUCCCACAACGAGUAUGUUGAGUUCCUACAAACAUCAUCAUCACCAUAGCCAUGCCAUGGGUUUGCAUCAUCAUCAUCAUUAUCACAAUCUCCAAACAGAUCUCACCUCACCAUCGUCGUCGUCGAGUCUUGGUUUUCCAUCACCUUCUCCCACGUCUAUGCCAUCGCCUAUUGGUAUGAGCAACUCACCCAACAUUGCUUUAACAAAUCAGCACCAACUUAAUGCAACAAGUACAAAUUUAUUGCAAACACAGCAAUCAACCUUAACCACAACAGCAUUACCAACCGCUUCAACGGGCUCUGAGACGACGGUUGUGCAUAGCAGUACUACAAGCAGUGGCAACAAUAACAAUAGUACACCCAUUUUUACACGCCCACCGCCAUAUUGGUCGUAUACGCCGGGCUCUUAUGACUCACGUCCACCGCCUAAUACGUUUAAUUAACUCUAGAACGAUGUGUAAUUUAAGGUACUUAACACUUGACUUAGGACAUAUUUGUAAUGAAUUUGAGUGGUCCACUGGUUUUAUUAUGACUAAAUAACCAAAAUAUGCCACCCGCAGCGUAAGUUGUGCGUACCUUUUUCCGUUUAUGGAAAGGGGAAUAUGCUUGUAUUUAGAGUUGUUAAUAUGUAUGUAUGUAAGUUAGCAUUGUAGCCGGGUGUUAUGAGCUAUACUAGCCCAUCGAGAGAUUAUUUAAGUAUAAGUAAGUUUCUUAGUAGUAUAAAUUCUAGGUAUUAGGUGUAGUUUCAUUACAUAAUAUAAAUUUGUAAUUGUAGGCAUAUUUGUAAGUACAUGUGUACUAAUUGCAAUAUUGCAAUAUUUAUUUAAUAAGGUGGGGCAAAAUGAUAUUUCCUAUAAAUAUUGUUAUUGAUAUGUACAUACUUGCCUACAUACAUACAUAGCUAUAUGUGUGUACACAGGUAUUAAAUUAAGGCUUUGGAUAUAAUAUGUACUUAUAGUUUUAAGAAAUUUGUAGUAUAAUUGGCUAUUGCAAUAAUUAAUUUAAUUUAUUUAGCUGUGAUUU